AACCAGAGCCUCAACCCCACCACCCCACCAACCUCGCGCGUCACCUACGUCAACUUAACCACGAUACACCCAUCCACGAUGGCCAGCUUCCGCAAGCGCAACGUAAUAGUCAACGCGCGCGGUCCGCCAGGCACCGCCGCUUCUACAGCCUCCUCUUCCCCCUCUCCACCGCCCGCACAAAAACCUGACCCACCAGUCCCGGGUAUCCGUCCGUCACCCAUAAAUGGCCAACCCACCACUUCAACGGGCACACCAAGCCUCGACUCCCUCCUUGCUGGCCACGCCGGGCUUCCCCUUGGCUGCUCGUUCCUCAUAGAAGAGCCAGGAACAACUGACUACGGCGGCGCACUGCUACGGUACUAUGCGGCGGAGGGCAUUGUGCAAGGACACGCAGUCACUGUCGUGGGUUUUGGAGAGCAGUGGGUGCGGGACCUUCCCGCCCUAGUGGGUGAUGCUGAGGGCAGCGGGAAGCGGAAGGAUUCGGGGGGCUCAGAGAGAAUGAAGAUUGCCUGGCGGUACGAGCGGUUGGGAGAGUUUGGAAGUGGGAUUGGUGGCAGUCGUGCGCAAUCCCACACACCGACGCGCACGCCCGUCGCAUCUACCACAUCCACCCCGUUCUGCCACACCUUCGAUCUCACAAAGCGGCUGGCAAUCCCACCCAGCGCAUCCCUCAAGUUCCUCCCUGCUCCCACAGCCUCUACCGCCCCCUACUCCACACUCCUCGCUCAGCUCUCAACACACCUCGCCAGCACCCCCUCCACAACCCCCCACCGCGUCCUCAUUCCUUCUCUCCUUAACCCUGCCUUGUAUUCACCGCAUGCCUGCGCCCCACAGCACCUUCUCCAAUUCCUACACUCCCUCCGCGCGCUGCUUCGCGAGUACCCGCGGCAACUAACCGUGAUGAUAUCGCUUCCUACCGAGUUGUACCCACGGGCCACGGCACUGAUCCGGUGGGCUGAGAUUCUCUCGGACGGGGUGAUAGAGCUCCUUCCCUUGCCGCGUCGCACAGCAUCAAAGGCGCAAGGGAAGCAGGAGGAGCCUCAAGGACUGGUGAAGCUGUGGAAGCUUCCCGUUCUUGGGGAGAAAGGUGGUGGUGUCGGUGCCGCACUCGGUGCGGGCGAGGAUUUGGCGUUUUUGGUCACUAGGAGGAGGUUUGAGAUCAUGGCGUAUUCGUUACCGCCGGCGGAUGAGGAUGAGGAGGAGGCUGGGCCUGGGGCGGCGGUGGGAGCGGGAGGGCAUGGCCAUGGCCAUGGGAAGGCCACGAAGGUGGAUUUAGAGUUUUAGACGCGAGUGUGCCGUGGAUAUCAAUUCUGUUCCGUGCCUAUAUUGUACUUAGAAUUCUAAAGCUCAUGGAGGCUGCCAAUUAUAACUAAGCCAGUCGAAACAAUCAUCACUGAAAUUAAUGGAUCACUCGACUCUUGUCCUCAGUAUUCGCAGGUCAUCGCCCGGUGCUGUUUCCAGGGCCAAAAGCUUCCCGCAAAGCCGUGGAAGCAGAAGCC